AUGGCACUGGCUCUGAGGCUGCUUCUUGCAUUUCUGGUGAUCGGAUCCUGCAUCGCUGCUGACAACAUCGACUUGUGGCCGAUGCCACAGUCGGUGUCCCAUGGAACACAGAAGCUCUACAUCAAGAAAGAUAUCACAAUGUCAAUGGUGGGAAGCACGUAUUCUGAUGAGAAAUCAAUCUUGAAGGACGCCUUCCAGAGGAUGGUUGAUUUGAUCACACUGAACCAUGUCGUUGAUGGAAUAAACCCAAGUUCUUCGGUUCUCACUUGUGUUAAUAUAGUUGUCCAUACACCUGAAGAUGAGCUUAGCUUUGGGGCAGAUGAGUCAUAUAACUUAACUGUUCCAACAACAGGAGAUCCACUGUAUGCACAGAUCGAGGCUCAAACAGUUUUUGGAGCACUUCAAGCCUUGCAGACGUUUGGUCAGUUAUGUUACUUUGAUUUUACAUCACGGCUCAUUGAACUCAACUCUGCUCCUUGGAUAAUUACCGACAGACCCAGAUUUCCUUACCGGGGAUUGCUUAUUGAUACCGCGAGACACUACCUCCCUGUUAAGAUAAUCAAAGGAGUGAUUGAUGCAAUGGCUUACAGCAAAUUGAAUGUUCUCCACUGGCAUAUCGUGGACGAGCAGUCAUUUCCCAUUGAAAUACCUUCAUACCCCAAAUUGUGGAACGGUUCAUACUCUUAUUCAGAGAGAUAUACAAUGUCUGAUGCUAUUGACAUUGUACGGUAUGCUGAAAAGCGAGGUGUAAAUGUGUUGGCUGAGAUUGAUGUUCCUGGCCAUGCCCGCUCAUGGGGUGUCGGCUACUCAUCAUUAUGGCCAUCAGAAAGUUGCAGAGAACCACUUGAUGUCAGUAAAAACUUUACAUUUGAAGUCAUCGAUGGCAUUCUUUCAGAUUUUAGCAAGAUUUUUAAGUUCAAAUUUGUCCACUUAGGCGGUGAUGAAGUCAAUACAAGCUGCUGGACCACAACACCCCAUAUUGAAGGAUGGUUGAAAAAUAACCAUAUGAACGUAUCAGACGCAUACAGAGAUUUUGUAUUAAGAUCUCAAAAGAUAGCGAUAUCACAUGGCUACGACAUCAUAAACUGGGAAGAGACAUUUAACAGUUUUGGAGACAAAUUGGACCCAAAAACCGUGGUGCAUAACUGGCUUGGAGAAGAUGUAGCACCCAAAGUGGUUGCUGCAGGGCAUAGGUGUAUAGUAAGCAACCAGGAUAAGUGGUACCUGGAUCACUUGGAUGCCUCAUGGGAAGGAUUUUACAUGAAUGAGCCCCUAAAAGGUAUCAAUGAUACAAAGCAGCAGCAAUUGGUCAUUGGUGGUGAGGUUUGCAUGUGGGGUGAGGAAAUUGAUGCCUCAGACAUUCAGCAAACAAUUUGGCCACGUGCUGCAGCAGCUGCAGGUAACUGA